AUGACACCUGCCUUCCCCAGUCGCUCCCCUUUCCUCUACAAGAAAAUGAUGAAGCCUCCAGACUCGGGCGCCCCUGCUGCAAGGAGUCUGCAGACCCACAGCUGUCAGUGCCCCGGGGACGGGCAGCGUACGUGGCCUGUCUGUAAAGACCGGCGCAAGACAGCUGUCAGCUCCAAUGACUGCAUGUCAGUGACCUUAAUCACGAGCCCUGCACGGCCCCUCACUGGCUGGGAGGAGGGAGACGUCCCUCUGUACAAAGGCCGGGCAGACCCAGAGCACAACCGCUGGGGCUUCCGCCAGCGUGGCUCGCAGUGCUUGGAGGCCGGCCAGGGCUUCUCAUGGACAGCGCCCCGCACACCCGCCCGGCGCGCAGUGCCCGCUCGGGAGCAGCGGCCACGUCCUCAGCGGGGGCUGCUGGGGACUCUGCCAAGCAGCCCGGGCCCGUCCCUGCUCCUCCUCCGCCCCUCGCCGCCCCUGUACGGUGGCGCCUGGAAGAGCCUCGCGUGCCACCUCCCGACCAUCCCGGGAAGACUGGGCUCCCGGAGCCCGGCACCGGAGCCGCAGGGAGCGCGCCCGCCCUCGGAGCUGCCCUUAGUGAACACGAGCCCGGCGGGCGGCGGCCGGGUCCGCACCCACCGCGGCUGCAGCCGGAGCGCCGGGGGCGCAGAGCGCGAAGCCGGGGUGCGGUGCCCCGUGGCUCCGCCCGGGGGCGUCAGGGCGCCGGGUCCCCAAGCUCCCGCCGGCGUCCCCACCCCUCGCUGCGGGAAGAGCCCGGCUCGCUACCCUCAGCUCCCCGCACGUACCUCCUCGCCCCGCUCCGAGCUGCGCCUGGGUUCGCUGGGGCUCCAGUCCCGAGUCCUGGGCUGCUCCCCGAGAAGGCAGCGCCGGGCCGGGCGCCCUCGGGCUCCUUGCGGGGCUGGGCAGCGGCUCCCCCUCGGCGGGGCUGCGGGCUUCCCGGAGCCCGAAGCGCGAGGGCUGCUGCGGAGAGGGGGCGCCCUGCUCGCCUGCGGAGACGCGCCCAGAAGUUUGGAAGGUAGCGCCUCGGCCCCCAACUUCUCCGGACAUGAAUCAGACCGCGGGAGUCUCCAACAGCGUCAGGUGUCCCCCGGGAAAAGGCCACAAGGGCUUCAGGGGACGUUGCUCAUGCAGAGAAGGGCAGAUGUGGGCAGUGAGGGAUUCGCCACGGAAGAGAUUCUGGCCGCUGUGAGCAUAUCCCACAGACCUGGGACGGCGGCGGGACUUUGGCUGAAUCUGAGACACAGCGGCUCCCUCUCCUUUGCAUCCUGUGACUUUGGGCGCGUGAGGAACCUGGAAUUCAUUUUGCUAUUACAAAAGGAAGUGGCCGGGGCCCGGGACGGUGAAGUCGUCACCCAGAGGCAGGCAGAAUGCGGAGAAGCACAGACGUAAAGCAACAGCCUGGAGCAGGACGUGAUGCAGCCUAGUGUCUGGUGGGAUUUCAGCAGCGAGUGAGCUCCACGUCCCCCUGUGCCGAGGCCCUGUAAGCGGGGUUUACUGUAACCUGCACCGCAAGGAGUUCUCCGUGGUGCAGUGCCCCGCGGCCUGUUAAGUACCA